AUGGAGACACAAAAGAUUACAGUGAGAGGAUAUGCCUUGGAGGAAAAGAAGGUUCUUAAAGCAAUCAAGAGAGCUGGAAAAGCAGUGGAGCCAUGGCCAUUCCCUGGAUACUCUCAUUUUGCUUCAUUUUACAAAUACCCAACUUACAUUGUUAACCAUUAUUAUGACACAUACAAAAAUGAAGCUACCACAGGCGUACACACUUUCUUCCAAACCCCUGCUGUUUAUUCAGUCGCUGUCGCGUCCAAUUAUGAAGCCAUUGCUUCACUCUUUUGCGAUGACAAUCCGCAUGCUUGUACAAUCAUGUGA